CGCGCUCCGACGUGACUCUCGCCAGGGUAACAGGCGCUCGGGAUCAGGCUGGGAAAAGCUCCCUAGACCCGGUUUGAGGCGAUUUCCACGCGCGGGGGGGGCUCGGCACCGUACAUUUCAUUGGUGCAUGAAUGGAAAUUUAAAAGGUUUGUCAUUAAAUAUUGGUGAAAAUGGAAACAUCAUCUAUGCUUUCAUCUUUACAUGAUGAAUGCAGAUCAGAAAAUUACAUUGAACCUCAUUACAAGGAAUGGUAUCGUGUAGCUAUUGAUGCUUUAAUUGAAGGAGGUUUAGAAGCCUACCAAGAAUUUCUUUCCAAAGAGAGAUGUUCAGAGUUCCUAGCAGAAGAAGAAAUUAAUUACAUUUUGAACACUGUUCAGAAACUUCCUCAAAACACAAUUUAUUCCUCUGACAAUGCUGUUGAUGAUACCUCUUCUUCGGGUACUUAUUGGCCCAUUGAAUCUGAUGUGGAAGCUCCGAACCUUGACUUGGGCUGGCCCUAUCUGAUGCCUGGAAUGUCUGGAGGUACAAAUAUUGAUCUACUUUUUCAUCCACCACGAAUACAGCCUUUCACAAUAAAGGAAACUAUUAGGAAGAUGAUAAGAGAAGCAAGAAAGGUCAUUGCCAUAAUUAUGGAUAUGUUUACAGAUGUGGAUAUCUUCAGAGAAAUUGCAGAGGCAUCUACCAGAGGGAUUGCCGUGUAUAUUCUGCUUGAUGAGUUCAACUUCAGUCACUUUCUUAAAAUGACAGAAAAACAGGGCUUUCAAGUUCAGAGAUUCAGGAACAUGAGGGUGCGGACAGUAAAAGGACAAGAUUAUUAUUCCAAAUCAGGGGCAAAAUUCCAUGGAAAAAUGGAACAGAAAUUUCUUCUGGUUGACUGUAAGAAAGUCAUGUAUGGUACUUACAGCUUUAUGUGGUCAUUUGAAAAAACCAACCUCAGCAUGGUUCAAGUUAUCACAGGACAACUGGUUGAAUCCUUUGAUGAAGAGUUUAGGACACUGUAUGCUCGUUCCUCUGUUCCUAGUUCAUUUGCCCCAGAAUUAGUUAGGGUAAAUAGUCACAGGAUACUCUGGGAGAAUGGCACAUGCCAGCAUUCACAGUCUUCUUUAGCUUCAGUUUCCAGCCAACGAAACCUUUUUGGUAGGCAAGACAAGAUUCACAAACUAGAUCCCAUUUACUUGAAAACUCGAGGAAGAUAUGCAGGGAAUGAAAUAAAUACAUAUGGUUUGAGAAAUCAAACCUACAACAAACUACCCUUUCAUCCAGGUUUUAACAUGCAAAAUAAAAUUCAGCAGAAUCAACCAAGUGAACAAAAUGAGCAUUGGAAGAGACACAGUUAUGCUGGGGAAAACCCAGAAAGGACUCCUUAUUUUUUGCUACACAGAGCUAUUAAUCGGGCCAAUAAUCUAUCAAAUACUUGGAAGAUGCCAUCUGAUAGUCUUAGUAUUGUAUCUUCAUUAAAGGGAGGCUAUACAAACAACUGCAAUGCACCCCAACAGAGUUUUGCUGAUCGGUUUUCACAGCCAAAGAUAAAUGUUGCAGAAAGAAAUUCAGUUGUACGGAGGUCUUUCAAUGGAACAGAUAAUCAUAUCCGCUAUCUGCAGCAGAGGAUGCCAACCCUUGAACACACUACAAAAUCAUUUCUCCGUAACUGGCGAAUUGAAUCAUACUUAAAUGAUCAGUCAGAUUCUGCUGCAGAUUGCAGUGGAUCAGCAGUCGGUGAUAGGUAUGAGGGCUAUGACACUGCAGAAAAUAUUAAAGCUCAUGCCCUUUAUUCUCAUUCUCGCAUGAGGUCGUCAUUAGCUUUUAAGCCAACUUUGCCAGAACAGCAGGAAGUAAGCAGCUGUACAAGUUCUUCAAAUUCAACUAUUGUUGGUUCAGAGGAAAGUGAAACACCUAAAGGGACACCCAAUCAUAUCCCAAUUGUGAAAAAUGUGACCGACAAAGAAUCAUCAGAUGUCAGCACUAAUGUCCCACCUGAUUCAGAUGAACCAAAAAAAUCUGGAAUACAGGUUGCAGAAAACAAAAAACCUAUUGUAUAUCCAAAUGCCGCUCAGGACCCAUCUAUCUACAUGUACACAGCCUUCUAUGCAAACAGACCAGCGGAAAAUGUGAAGAACCACCAAAAUGAGAAUAUACUAAAAAGGCGAAGUUUCCCUAUGUUUGACAACUUCAAGUCCACUUUGGAUCAUGGUGUCAACAAACAGGCAUCCAGCUAUGUGUACAGCACAUUGACUAGGCAGAGACUUAAGCAGCCAGAAAAUCUAAAGCCCCCAGAGGGUGCAAUAAAAAACUCUAAAAGCUUUCACAGUGUGACCAACCACAUAGAACAUGAAGAUAAAAAUCUUGAAGAAGAAUCAAAGAGCCCCACUACCACUAAGGCCAUCUCUGUGGCUGCUCUAGCUGAAGACAGCAAAGAGGAACCUAGCAAAGAAUGUACUUUAAAGAAAGAAAAUAAGAAUUCUCCAAGUUUCCUGAAAAAGGGAUCCCAGAAACUGAGGUCAUUGCUGAAUCUCACACAAGACAAGAAGGAAAACUUGUCAAAAAACAAAGCUCCUGUGUUUUAUAGAAUGUGCAGCAGUUCUGACACGCUGGCUUCUGAAGGCGAAGAGACUCAAAAGCCAAAAAUAUCUGAGACUAAGGCUGAUUCCUCUCCAAGAAAAAAGAGGACCACAUCAUCCAAUUCACAAGGCAGCUUGCAUAAAAGUAAAGAGGAUGUCACUGUGAGCCCACCAAAGUCUCCCAAGCCUCCAAAGUCUCCCAAGCCUCCAAAGUCUCCAAAACCUCCAUUUGAUGAAAGCAGUAAAAAGUGCCCUACUUUAUGCCCCCCUGAAAAGUUCUUAGAAACUCUAGGAGAUGCAUCCACUCCAAGAUUUAAUACUGAACAGAUCCAGUACCAAGAGGUGAAAAAAGCUGUAACUAAUGCUACCCAGGAAACCGCACCUGUUUCUAGUUCUCCACAAAGAGUAAGCACAAUGACAUCCCAACCUGGAAACUCAAAGAACAAAGAGGAGUUAUUAAGAUCUCGUUUGAGUGAAAGACGUGUUUAUAGUCGCUUUGAGCCGUUCUUGAAGAUGGAGAGCUCUGGUCAGCCAGCAAGAAAUACACCCAAGAGCAGUACACACCUCCCAGAAAAAGAAAGCAAAACCUUAGAGAAUAACUGUGCAAGGGGCAAUCAGGUGGCUCAUUAUAACUCGACUGCAUACCAUCCAUUACAGCCAAAUGAAAACAAGCUUCGAGGAUUUAUGCAAAAGUUUGGAAACUUACUGUACAAAAACAAGUAACACCCAUGUAGUAUAACACCAUAUGAGAACUGUGUGAAAAAUAGCAAAGGCAGCAGGACUGUAAGUAUUUAACUGACUUAGACUGAUGGGCAGGCCUGUAAAGUUUACAAGGGUUUCUUCAGGGGUUAGAACUUUGGAAUUGAUGUAUAUGUUUUUAUGUAAUAAAC